AUGCUCUGGAAUCUGACUGCCUUUCGUGAGGGUAUAAUUCGAUCACUCGCGCCUCUUUCACCCCUCUCCUUCCCCUAUCGCUCCCCUCUCCUGCUACCCUCUCCUUUUCCGUCGCCCUCUCGCUUCGUCUCGUUCCGUCUCCCUCCGUCUUCCUCUGUCAUCUUCCGCCUCCCUCCCUCCGUCCUCGUUCUCCCCAUUUCCAUCCGCAAUGCACCAAAAUGCAGCAUGGUGCUGGGAAUGGUGGAGCAUGGUGCUGGGAGUGGUGGUGGGCAGCCAGCGGCAUAUUCGCCACGCCAGGCGUCGUGCUCGUGGAUUCCGAAGGGAUCUCCUCUCACACCCCCCAUCCCCUCAUUCCGCCCAUCCCCUCUCCUCCCCUCAAUCUUCCCCCCUGAUGCGGCAGCAAUGGUGCUGGGAGUGGUGGUGGGCAGCGGCAUAUUCGCCACGCCAGGCGUCCAUGGUGCUGGGAGUGGUGGUGGGCAGCGGCAUAUUCGCCACGCCAGGCGUCGUGCUGCUGGCAUGGUGCUGGGAGUGGUGGUGGGCAGCGGCAUAUUCGCCACGCCAGGCGUCGUCCUGCUGGACGCGAGCGGGUCGCCGCUGCUGGCGCUGCUGCUGUGGCUGCUGGCGGGGGUGGUGGGGUACGCCUGCUGCGAGGUGUAUGCGGAGCUCGGGAGUUUCAUCCCACACGCAGGCGGCGAUGGGGAGUACUUGCAGGUGGCGUUUGGAGAGCUCGCGUCGUUUGUCUUCAUGUGGAUGUUCUUCUUUGUCUCUACCGGCGGGGCCCUCUCCAUUCUUGUUGUCACGUUCGCCCGAUACGCUGUCGCUCUGGUGAGGGGAGUGCUCGUGGGGGGUGGUGCUCAUGGGGGGUGGGUGGUGCUCGUGGGGGUCGUUUUUGAGGCGCCUCAAAAGCAACCUCGAUACGCUAUCGCUCUGGUGAGGGGAGUGCCCAUGGGGGGUGGUGCUCGUGGGGGGUGGUGCUCGUGGGGGGUGGUGCUCGUGGGGGGAGUGCUUGUGGGGGGUGGUGCUCGUGGGGGGAGGAGGGCGAAGACGUCUCAAAAUUCAUCUUGUGGUCUCCGAUUUUCCCUCCUCUUGCUGCUCUCCUCCCAUUUCUCCUGCCAGCUACCAGGGGCAGCAGCAGGGGGCGAGGAGGAGAUGGAAGUGAUGGUGAUGGUGGUGGGAGGGGGAUGCGUGCUGCUGCUUACUCUUGUCAACUGCUGUGGCGUGGAGGCAGGCACGUGGCUACAGAACCUCCUAUCGCUCUCCAAGGCGCUCCUCAUCGCCAUCAUCCUCUCUCUCCCCCAUCUGUGUGCCAUUUCCACCUCGUCCUAUCAAUUAUCCCUCUCUUCAGGCGUGGAGGCAGGCACGUGGCUACAGAACCUCCUAUCGCUCUCCAAGGCGCUCCUCAUCACCAUCAUCCUCUCUCUCCCCCAUCUGUGUGCCAUUUCCACUUCGUCCUAUCAAUUAUCCCUCUCUUCAGGCGUGGAGGCAGGCACGUGGCUACAGAACCUCCUAUUGCUCUCCAAGGCGCUCCUCAUCGCCAUCAUCCUCUCUCUCCCCCAUCUGUGCGUGGAGGCAGGCACGUGGCUACAGAACCUCCUAUCGCUCUCCAAGGCGCUCCUCAUCGCCAUCAUCCUCGCAGCCGCCCCGGCCUUCAUGCUGCUGCAAGGCCCGGCCACUGCCACCGCCAACCUCCUUCAGCCGCUCCCUCCGCUUGACUCGCUUGACCUCAGCCGACUGGGCGCUGGGCUCGUGGCGGCUAUAUGGGCCUUUGACGGAUGGAACUGCCUGGGCUUUCUAUCAGAGGAGCUCAAGAACCCAAAAAGGGACCUGCCUCGCUCGCUCUCCAUCGGCAUGCUCAUUGCGGUCGUCAUCUGUCUGUCUGCCAACGUGGCAUAUCUCUGCAUCCUUCCUGCUCAAGCCAUUGGGAUAUCUCAGGUGGUGGCGGUGGAUUCAGUGGCGCUCGUGUUCGGCCCCGCAGCGGGAAGGCUGGUGGCGCUGCUGGUGGCGUUCAAUGUGCUGGGCUCGGCUAAUGGCACUCUGCUGUGCAACGCACGAUACUUUUACGCCAUGGCAAGGGAGGGUCGUCUGCCUCGCUUCUUUGGGGCUGUAACCAAGUCCGGUGCUCCCUACGCUGCUCUCUGCCUCAUAGGUGGCUGGACCAUGGUGCUGCUCUUCUUUGCAGCCAAUCAGCUUGAGAAGGUAAGGAGCUGUAGGUACAGAGCCACCGGAGCAGCUGCAACCCGCACUCACCGAGACCUGCGCGUGUUUCCUCCUUCCCACUGUGCCUCCCAUCCGCAGCUUCUAGACUAUUUCGGCAUCGCAACGUGGAUAUUCUAUGGGGCGGUGGCAGCAGCUCUCUUCAAGCUCCACAACCCCACACAUCUCCCUCCUAUGCCCACCUCAUUCCUUUCCCCUCAGCUUCUAGACUAUUUCGGCAUCGCAACGUGGAUAUUCUAUGGGGCGGUGGCAGCAGCUCUCUUCAAGCUCCGAUGGGCCUUCCCCAACGGCCCAAGGCCGUAUGAGGCUCGUUUCUACCCGCUCCCUCCCGUGAUUGCGCUCGUCGCUGCCGUGUGA